UGCCCCAUCGUUGGUGUCAGUGGGGGGAGGAAUAGUGCCCCAUCGUUGGUGUCAGUUGGGGGGAGGAAUAGUGCCCCAUCGUUGGUGUCAGUGGGGGGAGGAAUAGUGCCCCAUCGUUGGUGUCAGUGGGGGGAGAGAAUA